CGUUCAAUAUAGAAGAUCGGAUUGGCUAGCUUGACAUGGCUGCUGAAUGUAAACAAGCAAUCGGUAGACCUAUAGAACAGUUCAGUAGGAAAUAUGCUGCAGGUGAGACUGGGAGCUGUAGUUACCUGUCGCUUAUUUUCAACCAGUUGGAACCGCUAAAUAUGAUUGAAAAUGGAACGGUGGAUUUAACGAAAGAGGAACAACCGGAAAAUAACAAUACGCUUUCUGCUUUAAGCAAGAUCAAAGAUGACUGCGAUAAGGACAACGAGUCUCCGACUUGUUCGAAGACUGCCCCGUCGUCCGAAGCGGGCCGAUCGCGACCCGGAAAAUCGACUGGAUUACGGCUAAUAACAAAUUUCACUAAUGGUAGGGUUUUCCAGAAUAGUGAUUGUAACUUUAAUGACUUAAUUAGCGAAGGGCAGGAACAGUUUAUGUUAAGUGAUGGAAUGACCGAAGACGAUGAAGUGGACACGGUGCUGUUCAAACUCGCCCCCAUCCAGGACUACUCUAAUGCAUCCUCGUCAGGGGAUGUGACGCCAGACGCAGGUACAGACAGUGAUGGUCCUGACUCCCUCUCAUCUUCCUGUACGACUCCCUCGGAUUCUGAUAGUUGUAGUGGACGUAGAAAAUCAGCUUUAAAAUCACCAGGCCUACGCCCUGAUACCCCUAAUAGGAAAUCUGUCCGAUUUGCAGAUGCUCUUGGACUUGACUUAGAAACUGUGAAGCAUAUUCUUGAGGGCGAGUCACCACCAGAUAUCCCACAACAUGCCUUCAGAGAUCUUCAAAUCGCGUCAACAUCUAGUACUCGCGUUUCGUUAUCUUUAACAUUCCAACAACCAAGCGGUAAGUCGGAUUUUAUGCAUAAACUUUGGAAACAAAACGUCUGUCUUGAAAACGCAUUGAUAUCUGAUUUUAUGAUUAUCGGCACUAUAAAAGUAAUAAAUAUUGAUUAUCAUAAGAAGGUUGUCGUUCGGUAUACGAUAGACAAGUGGAGGACGUUUAAUGAAAUACUAGCUACCUAUGUACCUGGGUCUCACAACGGGCCCACUGAUCGAUUUUCAUUUGGUUUGUCGGUUCCACGGGACCUGCCAGAAGGCAGUUCCGUGUAUUUUGCCAUCAGGUACGAUGUUUCAGCGAAAAGGUAUUGGGAUAAUAAUGAUGGGAAAAAUUAUUCCUGUGUGUGUUACUGUGACAUGACGGACGACGCGAUAGGUGUUUCUGCAUGGACUCACUUUUUGUGAUUUAAAAUUAAAAAGAAACAAACAAAACAUAGGCUGCACCUACAUAUCCUGUUGAGUGCUGAUAUUUAUUUUUGCUGCGAGGAUGACAUAGCUUUUUUUUAAGAGAUAACCAAAGCAGAUCUUUGAGAGGCUUAAGAGGUUUUGAAAUUUCAACCGGGAUGGUUAGAAACCCAGCGACCCCUUCACAGUGAAUGAGUUACACUAACAAUCUGGCAUAUCCCUGUUUUUGUUAUGGAACGAUUCAUGCAUGGAUAAUCCCACUAAGAAGAAUGCAAAUAUAAUAACAAGUACUGCAUAUUCAUUGUGUUUUAUUUUGCAAUGUCAUCGUUCCGGGUGGAAGUGCCGUUGUUAAUUGCUGCUUGAUGGAUAGGCCUACUUUAAGAAUGUAGUAGGCCUAAACUUAAACGAACUAAUUUUCUAUACAGUGUUCGAGGUCACGUGAUAUGACGCUAAUACGUCAGGACAGUUGCCGUAAAUCAGAUACUCUUUAUACUCAAAAAUAAAUCCGUUUAAUCCCUUUGUAAUUCUCAACAACAUUUCACCUUUAAUUUGCGAAGAAUUAGAAGGACCAUUAUAGGGGAAGGCUGUGGCUACUGAAACAACCAGGAAACACUAGUAGGCCUAUGCAGAAUAGUAUCCGCUCAAAAAAGAAAUAGGAUAUAAAAGUAUUUUGAAGUGUCUGGAUCAUCUCUGGGUCAAAAGCAAAUCUCAUUAUGACCUUUAAUUUGCUUUACAAUUGCAUUGCGAAUUGACAUUUCAGACUGAACGAGUUGAAUGUUUAGUAGAUGAAUCACCAUCGCUUUAAAGUAGACCUAUUUGAUAUGCCCUAGAUAGUAUGGCGGCACACAUAAAUAGUCUGAAACGUUCUUCAUUCUGGAUCUGUCUGGUGUCCAAUGUAAUAUCCACUCGCUGUAAUAUUUCAAAGAUUGAUUUGCAUUAUCAAUUAACUACUUACCUGUCGCAAUCGCUAAUUGAAUAAUUGAGGCUCGGAUCCUUUUGUUUUAAGUCACCGCCGUACCGGUUACGUUGUUGCCAUAGUGAUCAUAAUAUGCGGCACAAAUAUCCUAUGCGCUAUAAAUAAGCAGAAAUAUCUCUCAUGGCUUUAUAUAAUUAAUUUGUUUUCGGAGUGAUAAUACAAUUGAGUGUUACUUAUUAGAGUAGUUCACGCAGUGUUCGGAAUGACGUACCAGUAACACGGUACCGGUAUUUAGGUCUAUAGUCAGGGAACAGAGAAAUUACAAUGUUCCCUGUUCUAGCUCGUCCAACAGCAAGUUGGAAUUCAGCAAGUUGGAACAGCAAGAAUUCAUCUAAAUAUCACCGAAAGUAAAUAGAUUUGUAUUUUCGUCCCACAACAGCAGCAGUGAGCAACUCGCAAAUUAGAGAGAAGAAACCCAUGAAUGUGGAAUUGAAAUUUAAGCACCUUAACUGCCAGUUAUAAUUCGUACGGUUUCAAACUAAGAGGUCUAUAUGACUAAUAUGUAUAUGUUUUUCACUUGACGAAAUACUGUACCUUGUCAGGGCGGUAUACUAGUGCGGCGCCUACGGUAUUCAAACGUCUACCGUAUGCUUCGAUUGAAAUGUACUAAUGAACCCGUUAGGGUUAGUGCCAACUCACCAGAAGGAACAGGCAACAAAUUGUAUUUUAAAGAUGGAUGUAUGCCACAUAUUUUUAAUACGGUGAAUGUUGUCCGAUUCAGUUGUUUGAGGACGAUAUAGAGCAGCUCGGGGUAGCGCAAUGUAGACCUAUCGUCUGCGUUUUUAGCAAUAAGGAACUGGAAAGUUAAAUGGACAUUUUCAAUUCCUAUAGAUUUAUUUAUCUAGGCAUCUAUAUUUCCAACGGAAUGAAAUAUUGUAUAUUUUAAAAGAUAGCGAAUAAUCAUAUAAAAGAUGUUUUUUUAAUAAUGGGAAUGUGAAUUUACAAAAAUGUCCCUUUUAUUCUCGUGUAAUUAAAUUUCAGUGUAUAAAGCCGAGUGCUGCACGACCGUCGGCCGACGAAUCCUCCGCUCCCUGUGAGCGAUAAACAACGUCACGCCGUCCGCUGAUUUAUCAGCGGCAGGCAGACUGAACGGAUCGUCAUUAAAAACGUUGCGCACACGUCGUGGCGUUGCAUUCUCAACAUAGCAUCGCGUCGGCCACGAUGACCGUCGGCUUAAGAUAUUUCAAUGUACAGUAUGUACCGUACUGCAUGAAGAAACGCAUUUUUACAGCAGUGUCAAUCGAUUUAUUCAACGUCAGUUUUUCGGCGGUACCAUUAACCUUCAUCAUCAGAUGAAGUGAGGCUUGGAGAAGUAUUGAUGCCUCCCAAAAGCUCAUGUUGAAUAAAUCGUUUUAAAUUAGUUUUUAAAAUGCUGUCGCUUGACUAUUAUUUGUAAUGUAUGCUCGUUCUUUCCAGGUUUGUACCCAACAUUAUAAAUUGUAUGCAUCUGAAUGUUAUAGGCCUAGAUUUAAAAUGAGUUACCAACGAACGCUUUCAAUUUUGUGUACUUCGACCAUAGAUGUAAAUUACUUGUGUGUAGCAAAUCAACAAAUUAUAAAAAGGAUCAUAGUUUUUCAUAGUACUUCCAGACUAUUAACGAUAACCAUAGGCCUCUCGCUCCCCUCCUUACGUUCGUUUCACUGCAGCUCCACUCACUCAAUGCACCUAGUUACGAAUUUGAGGGCCAGUUUUAAUAGGCCGGGGUUUAUUUAAACGUACAGUAAUGCUUCUAUGUUGUAAUUAUGUAUAGGCCUAUAUAUAUCCAGGUAUGUACAAAUUGUUUGGGCCUCCUGAUAAAAAUAUUGGUAGAAAUAAUACAAAAUAUAAUAUAUAUAACACUUUAUAUACUGGGAUAUAGGCAUAUAGGGUUAUAUAGG